GAGCCGCCGCAGCCGUCGACGGAGAUGAUGUCCUCAGCAGCCUGGGCGGGCGCCUCAGCUGAGGGCCCUGAGGCCGGCAGGCGCUGUGCCCCGCUCAGCCUCGGGGCCGUGGGCGUGGCGAGGGAGCCCGGGAUCUGUUUUCCCCAGACCGGAGUCAACUUUCAGUUUCGCUUCCCGAAGCCGUCUCCACCCCGCGAGCGCCGCCCGGCUAGCCGGCGGCUCGACGGGCAGCGCGGCCCCACCGCCAUGGCCCAGGCCACCGUCGUCGGCGAGAUAACCCAGGUGCUGUGCGCGGCCGGGGGCGCCUUGGCGUUGGAGGAGCUGCGGCGCCGCUUGCGGGAGGGCGUCGGCGCGGACGCGCUGGAGCGGCUGCUGCGGGAGGACCAGCGCUUCGUGGUGGCGGCGCGGGCGGGCGAGGGCGGCGCGGCGGCGGCCCAGCGGGUGGUGCUGGCCGUCUCGGCGCUGCGCCUCUGCAGCGCCCACCAUGGCGUCAAGGCGACCUGCGUGGGGCUCUGCUCGCAGCUGCACCUCUGCAAGUUCAUGGUCUACGGGGCCUGCAAGUUCCUGAAGGCCGGGAAGAACUGUAAGAACAGCCACACCUUGACGAGCGAUCACAACCUCAGUGUGCUUAAGAUUCAUGGCGUCGACCACCUCAGCUAUAGUGAGCUCUGCCAGCUCUUGUUUCAGAAUGACCCUUGGCUUUUGCCGGAGAUCUGUCUUCACUACAACAAAGGAGGAGAUGGACGCUAUGGCUCUUGUAAAUUUCAGAAGCAAUGUAUCAAACUCCAUAUCUGCCAGUAUUUUUUGCAGGGUGAAUGCAAGUUUGGCAGUGGCUGUAAGAGAUCCCAUGAUUUCUCUAGUUUUGAGAAUCGGGAAAAACUGGAGAAGUUGGGCAUGAGCUCAGACCUGGUGAGCAGGCUGCCUUCCAUUUAUAGAAAUGCUCAUGACAUCAAGAAUAAGAGCUCUACCUCUGGCAGAGGGGACCCUUCUGCCCCUGGGAUGACUGAAAGAAGAGACAGUUCAGGUUCUGUGCCCCCAGCCACUACUAACCAAGAAGAGGAGGGUGAUCAGAUCUGUUUGUUCCAUAUCCUAAAAAGUUGUAGGUUUCAAGAUAAGUGCAGUAACGUUCAUUUCCAUUUACCAUAUCGAUGGCAAUUCUUGGAUGGAGGCAAGUGGAAGGAUUUGGACAAAAUGGAGCUUAUUGAAAAGGCAUAUAGUGAUCCCAAAAUAAAAAGGAUCCACUGUGUUACAUCUGUCACCUUUCGCUUGGAUUCUCUGAACUUUGACUCUAUGACAUUUGGUGUUGCCCAGGCUCAACGCCUCUCCACACCCUCCUCAGUCACCAAACCUCCACACUUCAUCCUUACCACCGAGUGGAUUUGGUACUGGAACGAUGAGUUCGGUUUUUGGCAGGAAUAUGGAAAACAAGACAUGGAGCACCCCGUGGCCACUGUCAGCAACAGCGAUUUGGAAAAGGCCUACCUGGCAUACCUUGCACAAGGGUCUGACGCCCAGGCAGCCACUUUGAAGUUCCAGGCUGGAAAGCACAAAUAUGAGUUAGACUUCAAAGCCUUCGUUCAGAAAAACCUGGCCUAUGGCACAGUUAGAAAGGUUCGUCGGAGACCCAGAUACGUGUCUCCUGAGGAUGUGAAGGCAAAGCAAACCUGCAGUGUCAAGUUUCAAGGCCCAAAGAAUAUCCCAGACCAUUGGGACCCCUCAGCCCUGCCGGACACUGGCUUUAAGAUGAUCUCCCUCAAGUUCUCCUCAGAAGAAUAUCAGAAGGUCUCGAAGCUCUUUAAUCAUACACUGCCCAACUACUAUGUUCAGAAGAUUGAGCGAGUCCAGAACCUGGCUCUCUGGGAAGUCUACCAGUGGCAAAAAGGGCAGAUGCAGAAGAAAAAUGGAGGGAAGACGGUGGAUGAAAGGCAACUGUUCCAUGGUACCAGUGCCAGUUUUGUAGAGGCCAUCUGCCAGCAGAAUUUUGAUUGGCGGGUCUGUGGUCUUCAUGGCACUUCCUAUGGCAAAGGGAGCUACUUUGCCCGAGAUGCCGCCUAUUCCCACCACUACAGCAAAUCCAACACGAAGAUCCACAUGAUGUUCCUGGCUCGGGUGCUGGUGGGCGAUUUCGUCCGAGGCAGCGCCUCCUUCUUGCGCCCCCCGGCCAAGGAGGGCCAGGGCAACGCCUUGUAUGACAGCUGUGUAAACAGCAUGUCCGACCCCUCCAUCUUCGUGAUUUUCGAGAAGCUCCAGGUCUAUCCGGAGUACAUCAUCCAGUACACCACCUCCGCCAAGCCGGCGGCCGGAUCCUCCUCCCUGUUCAACCUGGCAUCUGUCUUUGGCAUCCGGCAGUGAGCACCAGGAUGCCUUUCAUGCCUCUCAGGCUCGUCUUCCUUUGGGAAAGUUUUUGUUUUUUUUUUUUUAAACAAGUUUUUAAUGAACUGUUUAACAUUGACUUCUCGAUGAAGUUACAUUCUUAAUCUCUUGCUAAUGGUAGUUUUCGGUUUUAAGUCAAUUUAGGCACAGUAGUGGACUAACCAGUCGUGAUGGUAGGUGAGCCCAUUACUGCUUUUACUAGGGUGUUAAGUUUUAUUUUUUAUUCUCUGUUGACUUUGUUGCUGAUUGGCACCCGCACAGCGUUUCCAGAUAGUAUUUUAUGGAUUGGUUUUAAUUUUUACGAAUUUCUGUCUCCAGUGAUUUGUUUUUUUUAGGGUCUCGGUGGCAUCUUGUUUUAGUUUUGUCAGGAUAUACACAGUAGCCUGUGGAAAGGAAAACCUACCUUGGGGCCCAGGGAGGCCCAGUCAUUGUGUCUGUUGCUCUGGCUCUAAUCCAGGCAGCUCUUGUGCUGCUGCUCCUGCACUUCUGGCCUUGGAAUUGGUCCAUUUAUAUCACAUAGUCAGACACGUGGCUACUGUGGGAUGUCAUUGAGUCCCUGCCUGUUUCCCUUUUUCACGGGCCUUGCCCGCGAAUGCUAUCCCUGCAUCUCCUAAGCACACUGGAUGGACAUCCUCUGAAUAUGUGUUUUAUGUCCCCAUGAGAUUUGAAUACCUGUGCUGCAAAUGUCACAAUAGAGUAUGGAAAUAAAAGAAUAUUUAUCUGCA